GACUGAGAGAGCUAGAGGAAGGAAAAAAACCUAGCGGACACUCUUAAAAAGAACAAACACCAGCUUGUCCGAAUUGCCCUCAAACUCGCUCGUAAUUUACAACUUUACCCUCAAAACUCUAUUUUGCUCCCUCGUUCCCCCCACAGCAGCAAAGAGCCUCACUUUCUUCUCCGAUAGUUGUUCACUCGUAUGUAAAACUUGAAUCCGCUUCUCAUGACCCUUUUGAGUUACCUACACUGUAACCCCUCAAAGUCUUUACCUUUCCAGAGAUUUCGCUAUCCUUUGAUUAGUGCACACAAGCUGUUCGAUGGAAGUUCCCAAAGAAACGCAACAACCUACAUUAACCAUACAAUCAGUGAAGCCUUGCGGAGAAGCUCUCCUUCGCAAGCUCUUGCGAUCUUCACUAAGAAUCUCCAGCUGGGGCUUUCUGGUCGUAGUAAUAUAAACGAGGUCACUUUUUGUGUAGCUCUUAAAGCAUGUCGUGGAGACAUGAAACUUGGUUGCCAAGUCCACGGGUUUUCGAUAACCUCUGGUUUCACUUCCUUUGUAUGCGUUUCGAACGCUGUAAUGAGUAUGUACCGAAAGGCCGGUCGGUUUGACAAUGCUUUGUGCAUAUUUGAGAGUCUGGUUGACCCUGAUGUUGUUUCUUGGAACACUAUGCUCUCUGGGUUUGACGACAAUCAAGUUGCUCUUAACUUUGUUGUUAGGAUGAGAUCAGAAGGAGUAGUUUUCGACGCGUUUACUUAUUCAACCGCUCUUUCCUUCUGUGUGGGGUUUGAAGGGUUUAGUUUAGGAUUGCAGUUGCAUUCUGUUGUGGUGAAAACCGGACUUGAGAGUGAUGUUGUCGUUGGGAACUCGUUUAUAACAAUGUACUCGCGUGGUGGAAGUUUCAGAGAUGCUAGGAGAGUUUUCGAUGAGAAGGUUGUUAAGGAUAUGAUUACAUGGAACGCUUUAUUGUCAGGACUUUCUCAAGCAGGGAAUCUCGGGUUUGAGGCAGUGCUUGUGUUUAGGGAGAUGAUGAGAGAAGGUGUGGAGCUUGAUCACGUGUCUUUUACUAGCGUGAUUACCACUUGUUGUCACGAAAAUGACCUGAAGCUUGCCAGGCAAAUCCAUGGUUUGUGCUUAAAAAGAGGCUACGCAACGCUUGUCUCUGUUGGUAAUAUGUUGAUGUCGAGUUACUGGAAGUGUGGGGUUGGAGAAGAUAUGGAAUCAGUGUUUGACCAGAUGAGCGAGAGGAAUGUUAUCUCUUGGACAACGAUUAUUUCCGCGAAUAAAGACGAUGCCGUGUCCAUCUUUCGUAAGAUGAGGUUAGAUGGAGUGUACCCAAACGAGGUCACAUUUGUUGGAUUGAUCGACGCUGUUAAGUGCAAUGAACAAAUCAAAGAAGGGCUUAAGAUUCACGGGAUGUGCAUCAAGAAUGGUUUUGCUUCGAAGCUUGGCAACAGUUUCAUCACAAUGUACGCCAAGUUCGAGGCUCUGGAAGAUGCCAAGAAGGCGUUCGAUGAGAUAAACAUCCGGGAGAUUAUUUCCUGGAACGCUAUGAUCUCUGGAUACGCUCAAAACGGAUUCUCACUCGAAGCUCUCAAGAUGUUCUUAUUAUCAGCGGCGGAAGCAACGCCGAAUGAGUACACUUUCGGAAGCGUGCUAAACGCAAUAGCCUCUGCGGAGAAUAUAUCUCUGAGGCAUGGUCAGCGUUGCCAUGCUCAUAUACUGAAGUUGGGUUUAAACAGCUGUCCUGUUGUUUCGAGCGCGCUUCUCGAUAUGUACGCCAAGCGUGGGAGCAUCGAUGAAUCAGAGAAAGUCUUUCGUGAGAUGUCUGAAAAGAACCAGUUUGUUUGGACAUCGAUAAUCUCGGCCUACUCAAGCCACGGGGAUUUUGAAUCCGUGAUGAACUCGUUUCAGGAUAUGGUUAACGAGAACAUAACACCAGACCUGAUCACGUUUCUGUCUGUGUUGACAGCUUGUAAUAGAAAAGGUAUGGUAGACAAAGGCUAUGAGAUUUUCAGCUCGAUGACCAAAGACUACUACCUUGAGCCGUCUCACGAGCACUACUCGUGUAUGGUCGACAUGCUUGGCCGAGCUGGGAGGUUAAAAGAAGCAGAGGAGCUUAUGAGUGGUGUUCCUGGAGGACCAGGAGUGUCGAUGUUGCAGAGCAUGCUGGGGUCUUGUAGGCUGCACGGGGACUCUAAAAUGGGAGAAAAGGUGGCUGAGCUUGUUAUGGAGAUGGAACCGGAGUUGUCUGGUUCUUAUGUUCAGAUGUAUAACAUCUUUGCAGAGACAGGACAGUGGGAAAAGGCUGCGGAGGUUAGGAGAAAGAUGAGGAAGAAGGAGGUGAGGAAAGAAAGAGGAACCAGUUGGGUUGAUUUUAUUGACAGUGACGGUUCUUUGACGACGCAGGACUUCUCUUCAGGUGAUAAGUCUCAUUCGAAAUCUGAUGAGAUUUAUAGAAUGGUGAAAACACUUGGAUUGGAGAUGAAUAUGGAGGAGGAAGUUGCAUAUUCAGAGUUGUUUAAUCAAGGUUGAAGUUAAAAUCCAAAAUUUUAGAAACGGUAGUUGUAGGAAGACACUGAGUGAGAGAGUAUACAUGAAUCAUGCUAAACCGGUUUAACAUGGUCUUCAGAUUUAGACCGGUACGAUUGUUGUUUGUUAAGCUAAUGAAGCCAUAACAGAAUAUGAUAGCUUUAAGGUAUGAGUUUGGUGUGUGUUGGACUCUUCUUAUUCACGUCUCUUUACAUUUAUCAUUGUUUAGUUCAUAUAUUUGUGAAUAAAAAAAUAAUUUUUUCUUAAGUAACUUUGAAAUUAUUCUUAAGCAACUUAAAAAGAGGGUGGCAGAGGAGAAUGUUUACGUCGUCGAUAACCUCAUUCUUCUGAUAUUCGCAAACACGUUAACUUUACCCCCACUUCAGAACCCUCUUUACAGUUUCCCUUCUAAUAGUACUUGUACUAUUUUUCAUAGUUAAAUGACUUUGACUCUAGCAAAAUCCUUCUCAUCAAUGUUUUAUUUAAUUCAUGACAAAUAUGAUUUAUUAAUCACGGUUGAAUGGUAUAGUAAUAUAUGCAUCUAAUUCUCAUUGUGAAUUACAGACGUAAUAGACUGAAAAAGGUUUCUCUCUCAUCUAACUCUCUCAUCUCUCUCUUCCUCGACCUUUCACAGAGUAUUAGCUUCUCUCCGGCGUCCGGUGGCGCGUGCGCGCGCGUUCCAGCGCCGGAGGAGUUCUCUCCCCUCUUUCCUCGUUUGUUCUUUGCCUCUCCACCGGAUCCAUCGUCUGUUGCCGAUAUGCUCGCGGAUCUGUGGUAGGGUCUUUCUCCGGUAAGGUGUGCCGUGCGCAAGGUGGACUGAUUCCGGCGUGGUCUCUGUUUUAUGGCUUCGCGGCGAGGCUCUAGGUGGUGUUCUUCAGUGGUUUGGUCGGCGUUUGGGUCCUUUGAAGCAGAUCAUUUUCUCUUUAUAGAUCUGUUUUGGGUUCUCCUCCGUAGUUAUGGAUGUCGGGUUGGCUCCUUUCCGGGCUUUAGUGAUUCUUACUGGAGUAGGUUCGGUGGUCAAUUGGCGAAGGGGAGUGGUCUGUUGGUCUGUUGCGGUGUCGUCGUAGAUCUCUUCCUCUGCUCCUUAGCUAUGAGCGUUCCGGCGAGUUUUCAUCGGAAGUGGGUCCUGAGGAGUUGUGUGCAGGCGGAGAUGGCCAACUUCUCAGAUUAUGUCUCGCGUGAUUUCGGCGGGUGGUUGUAAUCAAGACGUCGUCUAUGGCUCUUGUGGACUGUUCGUCACAAUCCCUCUCAUCUGGUGUUCGUUGCUCGGCUCCUUCUCUCGGUUCCUAUCGCAAAGGCAUUAGCUUUUGUUCUAUAGGUCGUCUCUUCGGUACUUCAUCGUCUUUGCCCUCUCUAUUGACACCAGAGUUGGGAUCUUUCAGCAUGGUUUCGAUCCUUCGGUUCUCGAAGGUCGCACUUGGCGAGUCGGUUCUCUCGGGGUCAUUAACCCGGCUCGGUGUCUCCUCGUGGUCGUCGUUUGCCUUCCGUGAACUGCGUUGUUACUUUGUGACAAUGUGGUGGUGAGCGUGACUUUCUUUGCAGGUUUAGAGCCCUAGAUUGGGAGCGGUGGUGAUCCCAACCCACCUUUGUAGAUUUGUUGGCGGCGAUAGUGAGCACUUGCUCGGUUGGGAGGCGUUUCAAGCAUUGUGUGACGUUGUGUACAAACCCGGCAUGUUCGUUGGUAAGUACCCGAAACUAUCCUCUAUUGCUCGUCUAGCGCCUCAUGGACAGUGGCGGUUACAAAUUUUGUGGAGUUCAUCGGAAGCUAGCUAUACCGGAGACGACUCGGGGAAUCCCGGCAUCCUAGGAAACUAGGAGAACCUCACUUCACCGUGAUCUCGUCGAAGGUUAAGAACGGCAACCGAUUCCUAACGAUAUCGAGGACGGCUAGCGGAAUGUGCCGGGUUUAGUGGGCGGGCGAAGCUAGUUUGUUUUAGAUUUGAGUUGGGUUGUUUUGUUCAAAGCGGGUUUGUAACCAAAUCUGAUUUCCCGGUUAAGCGGGUUUAAAAAAAAAAAAAAAAAAAAACAAAAAAAAUUAGUAUUGGGAUA